UCUCCAUACAGUCAGAGUGAACUGCGGGGGCAGACGGAGCGGGUUGCUGCAGUCCUCGACAGCGGAAAGAGCCGCAAAUAAGGAUUUUUUUAUCGAGCUGUAUCGACCCACAACUCCUGCUUUUGUUUCAUUUUCACCCACUUCUCUUUGGAAUCCAACAAACGGAACUUUUCUCUCGUGUGGAGUUUGGAGAGCCGGGGUUUCUCCGGAUAUGGACAGUCUGCGCCCCGCUGCAGGGAGCGACUGGCCGGUGUUCACUCUGUAGGCUCGGAAUAAAACUGUAAUCUGGGACUUUUUCUUACUGGAUGUUUGAUGAAGCGCUUCGCCUUUUCGUUUACUUCAGGGACGCCGUGGAUUUACCAGGUUCAGGAACGGAUAGAUACUACUCGUGAUUCCCGGUCGACGCCAAGAAGGAUUUACGCUUCUAAAGUUGCAGGAAAAACAUGGAGACUGUAAGUCGGCAGAGCUUCCAGCCUCAUCCGGGACUGCAACAAACUCUGAAGCAGUUUCAACACAGCUCUAUGAGCUCUCUGGGCGGACCGGCGGCUUUCUCUGCCCGGUGGCAACAUGAGCUCCUCUUCAAGAAGGACGGGAAGGAGCCCGAGCCGGUGCUGCAGCAUUUGCCGCCGCCGGUGAUGCCCGGCCCGCUCUUCAUCCCGUCGGACCGAUCCACGGAGAGGUGCGAGACGGUGCUGGAAGCCGAGACCAUCUCGUGCUUCGUGGUCGGCGGGGAGAAGCGCCUGUGCCUGCCGCAGAUUCUCAACACGGUGCUGCGGGACUUCAGCCUGCAGCAGAUCAACUCCGUGUGCGACGAGCUGCACAUCUACUGCUCCCGGUGCACGGCGGACCAGCUGGAGAUCCUCAAAGUCAUGGGGAUCCUGCCCUUCUCCGCGCCGUCCUGCGGCCUCAUCACCAAGACGGACGCGGAGCGGCUCUGCAACGCCCUGAUCUACGGAGGCGCCUACCCGCCGCGCUGCAAGAAGGAGCUGAACGGAGGCGUGCUGGAGCUGGAGCUCACCGAGAGGAGCUUCAAAAUCUACCACGAGUGUUUCGGCAAGUGUAAGGGCUUGUUCGUACCGGAGCUGUACACGACCCCCAACGCAGCGUGCAUCCAGUGCAUGGACUGCAGACUCAUGUACCCGACGCACAAGUUCGUGGUGCACAGCCACAAGGCGCAGGAGAACAGGACUUGCCACUGGGGCUUCGACUCGGCCAACUGGAGGGCGUACAUCCUCCUCGGCCAGGAUUACACGGGGAAAGAGGAGAAGGCCCGCCUGGAGCAGCUCCUGGACGAGAUCAAGGAGAAGUUUGACUUCGCCAAGAAGUACAAGAGGAAAGCUUCGUCCAGGGUGUCUGAUCCCAUCCCGAUCAAAAAGUCCAAGUAUGAAGACUUCCCGUUGCUCUCUCCGCUCUGCGACAAAGAGAAGCAGCAUGACUGGCUCCAGUCCCUCGCCGCCUCCAAUAAGGGGCUUAACUGCAUCCAGCCAAGGCAGAGGCCCUCAGCUUUCAGACCCUGGUCCCCCCACAUCUCUGCUGGUGAAAAGGAGAUCUCCAGUCACCCCCUGGCCCUUCUGAGAGACAGCUUCUACAACUACAAGAGUCUGGAGAAGGCCGUGGCCCCCAACGUGGCCCUCACACCGCUGCCCCUGGGGAAGGUGGGUCCCAUGUCCCCCUCUGUACCCAGCACCUCACACCCGAGUGGAGGCGAACCCCCAGGUGAGGGGGCCCACUCCGCCUCCAAGCCCCGCAAGAGGAGAGCCACAGAGGAGCUCCCAGCACCAGAGGCCCCCUGCCCUCCUCCUCCAUCAGCUGCCAGCAAGCUGCCGCCACCGCCGCCGCCACCACCUCAGGAAGACAAAGACUCUGAGGUGGAGAUCGAGGUGGAGAGUCGAGAUGAGUUCACCUCGUCCCUGUCCUCGCUGUCGUCUCCGUCCUUCACCUCGUCCAGCAGCUCAGCAAAAGACCUGAGCUCGCCGGUCGCCCUGGGCCUCGUCUGCACCGUCACGUCAGCAGAAGGCACGCCUCCCGCAGCCGCGCCCGUCACAGCCCCCGUCACCCCUCCAGAGCCGGGGCUCGAGUCGGAACUGGAGAGUCUGCGGCAGGCGCUGGACAGUGGACUGGACUCCAAAGAGUCCAAGGAGAAGUUCCUGCACGAGAUCGUGAAGAUGAGGGUGAAGCAGGAGGAGAAGCUGGGAUCAGCGCUGCAGGCCAAACGCAGCCUCCAGCAGGAGUUGGAGUUCUUACGGGUCGCCAAGAAGGAGAAGCUGCGGGAGGCGACCGAGGCGAAACGAAAUCUGAGGAAGGAAAUUGAGCGUCUGCGAGCCGAGAGCGAGAAGAAGAUGAAGGAGGCCAACGAGUCGCGGAUCCGUCUGAAGCGGGAGCUGGAGCAGGCCCGGCAGCUGAGGGUCUGCGAUAAAGGCUGCGAGGCGGGACGUCUUCGUGCAAAGUACUCUGCACAGAUUGAGGACCUCCAGAUGAAGCUGCAGCACGCCGAAGCCGACCGCGAGCAGCUUCGAGCGGACCUGCUGCAGGAGCGGGAGGCCAGGGAGCACCUGGAGAGGGUGGUGAAGGAGCUGCAGCACCAACUGUGGCCCAAAUCCAACUGCGACAUGGAGGGGGCGCCCAACGAGACCACAGCUGACAACUAACCCAGCAGCCAAACUCACGGCCCAACCAUCUUCCACCCCCCCACCCCCCACCCCCCAAUCGCCAUGAUUACCCAACAUCUUCCACCAAACCCGGACCAUAAACACACCCAGGAGUCCAGGGCCGGCCGCAUCGUAAGACCAUCACAGAAACUCGAGGACUUGUCCUCAGGCCAGAGACACGAGGACCUGUGUCCUCAUUCAUGCCCAUGAAACAAGGAAACACUCGCACCUCCUGAACUCGCAGAACUGAAAACUGGAUUCAGAGAAUGAAGAAAGACAGAUCCAUAACAGCAGAUGUGUUAUGGGAGAGUUUAACGGAUUUCUGUGGUAAUAAGUGCAGAAGAUGGUGUGAGCGUGAGGAAUGUGGAGUCGUUAAUGCGAUGUGGCCCAGAGAGCAGGAGUCAAAUCUAACCCCCCCUCCCCCGUCCAUCGCCAUGACGACGAUGGAGGAACACUUUAUAAGCUAUUUAAGGGACUACAUAGCGACAUGUAAAGACAAAAAAAAGACAGUUUCUUUGUUUCUCUGUGCUUUUGGAGUUUGAAAAAUAUAAAAAAAUAAAUAAAUCAGAAGAUGAACAAAACAAGCGAAUGAACCCUCCACAGUGCCACCGUGGUUUUGUCGGUUUUUCAGGAAGCCAUAGCAGUCCGCCGAGGGGGGGGGGGGGGGGAAGCAUCGAGUCUGAAGGUCAGGCGACCCCGUCUUUUCCUCCCAUUGUUGUUUUAUAAAAUCAUUUCUGUCUCAUUUCUCCGAGCAGCGGGUGAACUGGCCUCGGGCUCGAUCUUUUUCUCCUCUUGGACCCCGGAGCGGGACUGGUAAAUCACAUCCUGCGGGGGCUGCAGUUUGAAGAGAGAGCACUUUGUUUGGGUC